AUGGUCCUGAGUGGGGCACUGUGCUUCCGAAUGAAAGAUGCGGCAUUGAAGGUGCUUUAUGUGCAAGACAACCAGCUUUUCGCUGGAGGGCAACACACAGGAAAGAUCAUUAAAGGUGAGGAAAUCAGUGUUGUCCCCAAUCGAUGGCUGGACGCCAGCCUUUUUCCAGUCAUCUUGGGUGUCCAGGGAGGAAGCCAGUGUCUGUCAUGCGGGACAGAGUCGGAACCGACUCUGAAAUUGGAGCCAGUGAACAUUAUGGAGCUCUAUUGUGGGGCCAAGGAAUCCAAGAACUUCACCUUCUACCGGCGAGAUACUGGACUCACCUCCAGCUUUGAGUCAGCUGCCUACCCAGGCUGGUUCCUCUGCACCAUGUCCGAAGCCGACCAGCCUCUUAGACUCACCCAAAUCUCUGAAGAUGCCAGUUGGGGUGACCCUAUCACUGACUUCUACUUCCAGCAGUGUGACUAG